UUGGUUUUACAUGAUCGCCUAUUAGCCUUUCAUUUCUUCAGCAAACGGUUGUAUUAAUGAAUCCCCACUCUGAGUAUUGAUGAACUUGAUGUUGGCAGCAUAAUGCAUGGAUUUCCUGGCUACUUGUUGUAGACCAGGCUGGUAUUUGGUAUCUAUUGAUAUUUAUUAUGGAUAUGGAUGUAUGCAUGCAUGGUUAAUCGUAGGGAUAAGUAGCACUAUCCUCCAAUCAACCAUGGUUAGUCUCAAUGAUCUUCUGCAACCAAACAUAGACCCAUGAUCCACCAUAGCGCUUCCCUGAUCACCAAUCCAAACGG